GGGACCAGCUAACAUCUGGGCUUGGUAAACUCAUACACCAGGCUCCAUACCUGGCACGUUAGGGGUUUUGGUGUGAGUCCUGGCUCUUGCAGCAGCAGAGCACAAAGAUUGGCACAGGCUUUGCAGCUGCCACAGAUUCAUUUCAAUGCCUCCAGGGCAAAUGCUGCUGUUGUUGUCAAAAAAACGAAAUUCCUCUCAAUGUACACACUUACAAUCUAAAUACACACAUCUGGGCAUCCUGGCCAAACACAAAACACAAAACCCAUGCUAUCCAUGGGUAUUAUGUUGCCGCUGUGAGACAAUGUGACAUAGUCUCUUUACCCGGUAAUGAAAAGACAGAUUGAAAUGACAGUUUGAAAUAAACAAAUAUGCAUUGAGUAUUGCAUCUGCUGCUCCAGGCUUUUGUAGUACAGAACAGAGACACAGUUCUUAGAACGGUUUGCUUUGGCACAGGUAAAUACCAUGCUAAAACAGAAUGGGAUUGUAUAGAACGUGCCAUAAAAACGUGCCUUGUCAAUACACAGUUGCUUCCAUAACUCCUAUUAUACAUACAGUAUGUGCCUAAAUCCACUAAAUAAUAUAGAAAAUCUGGAUCUGAUGCUUUUUCAAAGGAAAAUGUAAGUUAAGGGAUGGAUUCCCUCUAAAAGAAGGCUGAGUUUUCAUUUAAUCUCUGUUUAAUUAUUUUCUGCAGGACCUGUUGUUGUUUUCAGUGUAAUUGGUUUGUAAUCAGUACAGAAAACACCUGGACUGGCUACAUAGCACAAAGCGAUUAGCUUGAACGGGGCUUGGCUUUAACUUGUGAAUCCUAACUAAAGUAUAUAAAUAUCUGGCACAGGAGACAAAACUGGAUGGGAAGCCUGCCAGGAAGCAGGUGGCAAACUAAGCUUAUUGCUGACAAGGCAAAGACAACUCUUCUGUUGGGACCUCACAUCUGCCCACGCUUCCCUGCCCUGCCUGGUGCUUCCUGCCCUUUUAACACCUGCCAGCUCUGCGCACACCAGGCGGGGGCAGCCAGGGACAGCCUGGCCAGAAUAAGACUUGUCCAUGGAGAGGGGGAAUAUACAUGGUCAAAGACUCCAUUCACAGGAGCCAGGGUUUUCCAAGAGACUGUGGGAUGUCCUCUUGGUCCUGAGCACUGCAUCCGAGCAGGCAGAACACCUGAAUCAUUCCAUAAGUUGGGAAUUCUGUACAUUGGGAAUUACUUGUGAUGUUAUCUCAGCUCUGCCUUCCCUACUGUUCUUGAUGACCUGAUCAGAUCAGCCUUUGCCAGCUGCUGCCCUUUAUAUUUUACUUUUCUUCUAAAGGAAAAUAAUAAUUACACUUAAUAAUAAUAGCAAUAAUAAUAAUAGCCUUCCUCAGGAAAUCAGUUCACGUGACAGGCCAAAUUCAUCUUCGGGCCAUUACAAGGGAGAGCACAUGGAGUAAUAACAAGAGGCAGACCUUACCUAACAGACCCACAAGCUGGCAGCAGGCUCCACAAGGAGGAAUAUUUAAUUAUGAGGAAUCCGAUGGCGCCAGUUUUGCCCUGCUCUUGUAAGAUGAGCACAGUAAUGCUGUGUACCAGCCCACUCUGUGCACAAAAUGCUCCUGAGAUCAUCUGCCUCACAGCAGCCUGUCCUCAACGCAUUGCUAGGCUGUGCUGGCUGUGUCGCAGGAAAAGGGCUCUCAGAGAAUUUGUGUAAUGCCCAAGCUGGCCUGUGAGGUCCCAGACAGACAGUCCUACUUCCUGAGUAUUGAUGUGUGCAUCUUCAUCAGCACACAGACAUUUCACGUUUACUGACCAUGCUUGUUUCCAGCUUGUUCUCCCACCUGUGAAGGGAUGGCCCAUCACUGCAAGACUUACCAGCCUUUCACUUCAGCCAAACAUUUUCCAUUGAUGAACUCAGCUCAGUUUUCAUCCAUGAACAGACAGGAAAGAGACCCAUUGAGAAUGAUCCACACUGACCAUGCAAAUCGGAGCGAUACAAACAUCAAGAGAUUUGCAUUUAAGCAAAUCCCAAACAAGGUAUUGUGGAGACAUCAUUAAAUCGUAGAAAAUAUAUUUCCAUCAGGCUCAGCUGGAACUUUAUCAGUGGAGAAUGAGCACUGACUUCACUCUGCUCUGGGAAGCUCAUGACAGCCGUUCUCCAACCUCCUACAAGAUCUGAGAGCUGGGACUUGUCACCAGUGAUCGCAAUGGAAACAGUUACUACAGAUUUUGGCAAGCGAGUGUACCAAGGAGUGCGAGUGAAACACACAGUCAAAGAUCUUCUUGCUGAAAAGCGAUCCAGGCAGAGCAGUGGCUCCUGCUUCAGUGGCAGCAGCAGCACACCACAGUCAUCUUUUGUCCAAAUGCCAGGUUCCCCUACCACGGCUGGUUACUACGGGGUCAGGAGGUCCUUCACAGCUGACUUGGAUUUCCACAACACAAAGCAGUUUGUCGGUGAUGUCUAUUCAUCCCCGCUGGGGUCCAAGCCCUUCACGUGUGAUUCCUCCACCACCCAGGGCUACCCAACACUUCUGGACCCGUAUCUCCCUGAGCAAUACGGGGAUUUCCGUACCGCUCCCCUCACGCCUGGUACCAGCUCCUUCUUCAGCCCUUCUUCACUGCCCCCUCUCCUGCCAUCCUUCCCCAAUGACACAGCGCAUUUCCUACUAAGAGAGCCGUGGGAGCAGACCUCUCCUGACAGCCUGGGCCAGUCGGACGCCGCUUGCUCUGACCCUCCACAGGCGCUGCCUGCGGGCACCGGCUGCCUCGCCUCGCACGAGCCCGGAGGCGCUUCCCCAUAUCGGAGCUCGGGCUGGACCCCAGCCAGCCCCGGAGCCCAGCCCUACCCCCUGCAUCCCCUUGAAGAUGCCCACUACUCGCCCAGCUACGCCGCCACCUCGCCCUACUCCUUCUCGCCCUUCGUCACCGCGGCAAGCGAGCUCGCCUCCAGGAUGAGCCACCUCUCGCCGGAGCCGCCCGCGGAGCUGCCGCCCCUUCACGAUAACUCUGCCUGGGCGAAGGAGGAUGGAAGUCCCGUCUGGGGCACGUACGAAGGCCGGAGAACUUACUGAGGAGAGAUGAGAGCUGGAGGGAAGGGCAGGCGCUGACUGUUAUUGAGGCAAAUGAGCUACUCGCAUGCUUUUUCCUAGCAGUUUCCUUCAGACAGAGGAUGCUAACAACGCGCAAUGCUUCACGCUCUGGGUAGAAGUCACUGGAUAUACCACGUCUAGCUUACAGGGGUGCUCUGGUGCCUUAGGAAAGCCAUAGCUCACAGUCCUGCUGUGCUACAAGUAAAAUACACAGCCUGAAAAAUACCUGCACAUUACUGGCCUGUGCUGCAAGGACAGAUCUCAGGUACUCGCUUUCAGAUGCUGAGA